AUGUGCCCUGCCUCCACCAAACACCGCACCCCGCGCCCCUGCUGCGCCGCAUCCCGCCAGCGCGACCUCGAGCUCGCGAUUAAGCUUCACCGGCGACAGAUCGCCCAGCUCAAAAUUACCCAUCGGGAGGAACAAUGCCGGCAUGAGCAUCAAGCGCGCGAGAUGGAGGCCGAGAUCGCGCGACUCGCACUCGAGGCUGCCCUCAAGGCUAUCUCCAUCCUCGUCAACCCAUCCCGUGCAGAGGCCGGGGAGAGUGCUGACUAG